GUGUGUGUGUGUCGCGUCGCGUGCGCACUGCUCGUGUUUGCGCGCGUCCUGCUGCCUGACGCGUUAUAACGCAGCGCUGCUCACUCAGAGUCGGUGUUUGUGUGAGUGUUUCCAGACUGUGCGGGUGUUGCCUGCUGAGGGGGCAGCAGUGGGUGUGUUCUCAUGGCGCACACGCGCAGUAUGUAUGCUGCUGUACCCGUUAUGUUGUGAAUGAAUGGAGGAAACGAGAAGCGCGCUGGAGGCGUCGACACUGCAGCUGCAGGCGCUGUGUAUCCGUGCAGUCUAUGUAGUGCAGUGCGCUUCGUUCCCGUGAUGUGUGGCGGAGGCGGAGCGCUGAACCCGUGCCCUCGUUAGUGCGCUUGCUGUAGUAGCUCACAGGCGGCGCUUUGUUCGCCACGCACGCACGCGCUCCUGCCGCUAGAAGCUCGACACGUCACGCGAAUCUAACGGGAAACAGCGGCGUCUCAUUCGGGAUGAAGGCACCGAUCGCGCCGCGCUCGUCCGGCGGAGAAUAAGCGCGAGGAUCUGCUCACGGCUGCGGGACGCGGAGGAAAGCCACGCGAGCGACAGGAUGAGGAGCGCGUUAUAGACACAAUCCUGCUCCAGACACCGCCGCUUCAUUCCCACGCGAUGGACACGAUGCAGCGCGACGCUUUCACGCCUCUGCUGGAGGAUUUUCUGCGCUCUCCUCUGGUGUGCUGGGUGAAGACGGUCUCUCCGCUGGGCUCCGGAGGCUCUCAUCUCUCCGACUUCAUGACUUUAGUGGACGGGGUUCAUUUAAACGACAUCAUGACUGAGAUAAACCCAAAGAGCAGCGUGCAGAGAGUGCAGAGGAAGGUGAAGAACGACCCGGCGCUGCGCAUCCAGAACCUGUCGCUCCUCGUGCAGCAGAUCAAGUGCUGCUAUCAGGAGACGCUGCAGCAGCUGGUGGUGAUGUCCCUUCCUGACGUGCUGGUGCUGGGCCGGACUCCUCUCAGCGAGCAAGGCCUGGAGGAGAUGAGGAAGAUCCUGCUGCUGCUGCUGGGCUGUGCUGUACAGUGUAACAGGAAGGAGGACUACAUCGACCGGAUCCAGACGCUGGACUUUGACACGCGGGCAGCCAUCGCCGCUCACAUUCAGGAGGUGACCCAUAACCAAGACAACGUGUUUGACCUUCAGUGUGUGGAGGAGAGUGAGUCCGUCCUGCAAGAUAAAGAUGCCGUCUUCAGACAGCUGAUCUUUAACCUCAAGCGCCUCGUAGACGAGAGAGACCAACACGCUGAGAUGAUGGUGUCUCUGACUCUGGAGAGGGACAGUGGGCUCAGCUCUCUGCACUCCGCUCCGUCACCCGGUGAGUCGAGCAUGAGACGCACGGAGAGUGUGCAGCAUCUGUCGGUGGAGCUGGCCGAUGCUAAAGCCAGGAUCAGACGCCUGCGGCAGGAGCUAGAGGAGAAGACCGAGCAUCUGCUGGACUGCAGACAGGAGCUGGAGCACGUGGAGACUGAGGUCAAGAGACUGCAGCAGGAAAACCUGCAGCUGCUGUGUGACGCGCGCUCGCUGCGGGCGUACCGAGACGAGCUGGACGCUCUCAGAGAGAAGGCCAUCAGGGUGGACAAGCUGGAGAGUGAAGUGACACGCUACAAAGAGAAGCUCCACGACAUCGAGUUCUACAGGACCAGAGUGGAGGAACUGAGGGAGGACAAUCAGGUUCUGCUGGAGACCAAGAGCAUGCUGGAGGACCAGCUGGAGUCUUUCAGAGCUCGGUCUGAUAAACACCAUGAGCUGGAGAAGGAAAACCUGCAGCUUCAAAACAAGAUCCAUGACCUGGAGAUGGAGCGAGACAUGGACCGAAAGCGCUUGGAGGAGCUGCUGGAGGAGAACCUGAUGCUAGAGAUGGCCCAGAAACAGAGCAUGGACGAGUCUCUGCAUCUGGGCUGGGAACUGGAGCAGCUCUCCAAGACCACUCCCGAGCUCACUGAAGUGCCGCAGAAGUCUCUGGGUCACGAGGUGAACGAGCUGGCGUCCAGUCAGCUGCUGAAGCUGGAGAAGGAGAAUCAGAUGCUGCUGAAGAGCAUGGAGGAGCUGGAGAAACACAACCAGAAACUCAGCCAGCAGCUGGAGCAGCUGCAGGUGGAGCUGGCUGCAGACAGAGAGAGUCUGCGCAGCACUGAGAGUCUGAGCACAGACCUGCUGAAGGAGAAGGCACGGCUGAAGAAAACCCUGGAGACGCUCCAGCAGAACUCCGACAGACAGGUCAAGGGUCUGGAACAGGAGAACGAUCAUCUGAACCAGACCAUCACCUCUCUCAGACAGCGCUCUCAGGUCAGUGCUGAGGCCCGCGUCAAAGACAUCGAGAAAGAAAACCGCGUGCUGCACGAGUCCAUCAAAGAGACCAGCAGCAAGCUCAACAAGGUGGAGUUUGAGCGCAAACAGCUUCGCAAAGACCUGGAGCACUACAGAGAGAAAGGAGAAAGAGCCGAGGAGCUGGAGAUGGAGGUCCAUCGACUGGAGCGAGAGAAGGAGAGUCUGCAGAAGCGUCUCGCUGCUCUCGCCAUCACCUGCGGGAAGGUGGAGGUGCUGGAGAAGGAGAAUGCUGAGCUGGAAGCGGAGAGCAGGAAGCUGAAGAAAGCAGCAGACGGUCUGAGGAAUGUUUCCUAUCAGCUGGAGGUCCUGGAGAAGGAGAACGCUCAGCUGGACGAAGAAAACCUGGAGCUCCGGCGCAUGGUGGAGUCUUUACGGUCCUGCGGAGCCAAGGCUGCCCAGCUGGAGCUGGAGAACAAAGAGCUGGAGAACGAGAGAACCCAACUCAAAAAGAGUCUCGAGCUGCUGAAGGCUUCGUCCAAAAAAAACGAGCGUCUGGAAGUCAGUUACCAAAGCCUCGACGCAGAGAACCAGAGGCUCCAGAAAGCCCUGGAGUCUGGCAGCCGCAAGAUUCAGCAGCUGGAGGGAGAGCUGCAGGACACGGAGGUGGAGAACCAGAGCCUGCAGCAGAGUCUGGAGGAGCUGAAGAUCUCCAGCAAAGGCCUGGAGCAGCUGGCGCAGGAGAACACAGCCCUGGAGCAGGAGAACAGUCAGCUGGAGAAGGACAAGAAGCAGCUGGAGAAGGAGAACAAACGGCUGCGACAGCAGGCUGAAAUCAAAGACUCCAGACUCGAUGAAGACAACCUGCGCAUCUCUCAUCUCGAGAAGGAGAACCGCACGCUGGGCAAGGAGGUCGCCGCUCUCAAAGACAUGUGUGGUCGCGUGAAAGACUUGGAGAAGGACAAUAAGGAACUGGUCAAACAAGCAACCAUAGACAAGAAGACCCUGGUCACUCUGAGAGAGGAGCUUGUCAAUGAAAAAUUAAAGACCCAGCAGAUUAACAAUGACCUGGAGAAGCUGACCCAUGAGCUUGAGAAGAUCGGCCUCAAUAAAGAGGGGCUUCUGGGUGGUGAAGAGAGCUCUGAUGACAGGUUUAAGCUUCUAGAGUGUAAACUGGAGUCCACUCUGAAGUCCUCUCUGGAGAUCAAAGCGGAGAAGAUCGCUGCUCUAGAAGCCCGACUGCAGGAGUCCUCCAACCUCAACCAGCAGCUACGACAGGAGCUCAAAACGGUGAAGAAGAACUACGAGGCCCUGCGCCAGCGUCAGGAGGAGGAGUGUUCGGCUCAGAGCUCGCCUGCUCGAGGACGGGAGGACACACAGAGCAAGUGGGAGAAGCAGAGUCAGGAGGCCACGCGAGAGCUUCUGAAGGUCAAAGACCGACUCAUAGAGGUGGAGAGAAACAACGCCACUCUCCACGCAGAGAAGCAGGCUCUCCGGACGCAGCUGAAGCAGCUGGAGUCUCAGAGCGGGAAUCUCCAGGCGCAGAUAUUAGCUCUUCAGAGACAGGCCGCGUCUCAACAGGAGAACAACACCACACUACAAACACAGAACGCCAAACUACAGGUAGAGAACUCAACACUGAACUCUCGGAGCACCGCUCUCAUGUCCCAGAAUGCUCAGCUGCAGACGCAGCAGUCCGGCACAGAGAGCGAGAGGGACGUGGCCAUACGAGAGAAGGAGGAACUGCGCACGGUCUACGAUCUGCUGCUGCACGACCACGAGAAGCUGUCUGCGGUGCACGAGAGACAAGCGUCGGAGUACGAGGAUCUGAUCGGCAAACACGGAGAGCUGAAGAGCGGCCACAAGAGCCUGGAGCUACAGCACCGCAGCCUGGAGAACAGGUACAAUCAGCUGCUGAAGCAGAAGACCGAGCUGGAGCAGCUGGAGAGAGAUCUCACAGCAGAGCGAGAGAAGAUGAUCUCUGACAGCAAGAGUCAUCAGGACACAGCUACACAGUACCAGAGGCUCAGAGAGGAGCACCACACGCUGAGCUCCACACACCAGCAGCUCCUGAAGGACAAUGAGCUUCUGCAGACAGAUCAUAAGACUCUUAAGAGUCAGCUGAACAUGGCCCGGCUGGAGCAGACGCGUCUGGAGGCCGAGUUCUCCAAACUCAAAGAACAGUACCAGCAGCUGGACAUAACCUCCACCAAACUCACCAACCAGUGCGAGUUGUUAAGUCAGCUGAAGGGGAACCUAGAGGAAGAGAACCGGCAUUUGCUGGAUCAGAUCCAGACCCUCAUGCUGCAGAACCGGACCCUGCUGGAGCAGACCAUGGAGAGCAAAGACCUGUUCCACGUCGAGCAGAGACAAUACAUUGACAAGCUCAAUGAACUGAGGAGACAGAAAGAGAAACUCGAGGAGAAGAUUAUGGAUCAGUAUAAAUUUUAUGACCCAUCACCUCCACGAAGGAGGGGCAACUGGAUCACACUGAAGAUGAGGAAGCUCAUCAAGCCAAAGAGUCGUGAGCGCAUGCGCUCUCUCACACAGACUCCUCCCCGCUCCGAGUCCAGCGAAGGCUUCCUGACGCUGCCGCAGCCAGACAGUCAGGACAGCUCGUCCGUCGGCUCCGGAUCCAACUCACUGGAGGACAGUCUCACCCACCGCAGCGGCACGCUGAAAAAGCUUUCAUUCAUGAGGAACAGAUCCAAGGAGAAAGACGGAGUGAAGGCCGUCUACCGCCGCUCUAUGUCCAUGAACGACCUGCUGCAGACGAUGGCUCUGUCUGAGGGUCAGUGGUCCAGCAGCACGGAUCAUCUCGAAGCUCCUGACGAGGCCAUCGGCGCUCAGCACGGGAAGGAGUUUGGAUCCAUGGACUACACCAGCCUGACUCUGACCCUGACCCGCGGCCGCAGCGCUCGCCACCGCUCCGAUACAGGCAAUGCCGUGUCCAGUGAUGACCUCACGUCGGAGGAGUGCAGUGUGCUGCGAGCUCAGGGUGUGAUGAACGGCAGCGGGAGCAGCGGUGACGUCACUGUGCGUCUGGACAGCGCUCUGGAGGACAGACCUGCAGGACGUGAGGUGGUCUCCACAGAGCCAGCAGAGGACGUUCUCUCAGCACAGUCGUCUGGUGUGUCCGGAGCCGCACCGCAGGCGUCCAGAGAGCGAGUGAAGAGCCGUGGUAUCUUACGCUCGGCCAGCGGUGCACGAGCCGGUCCACCGGGACGUCCCAGCCUGCGCCGGGCCGAGAGCAGCUGUGCCAAGGGCUCCGCGUCGUCUCUGUGUGUGCCGGAGCGUCUGGACUCGUCCUCAGGCCUGCCCCGUGCCAGCAGCGUCAUCUCCACCGCCGAGGGCUCCGUCCGCCGCAGCAGCAUCCACGAGCUACUCUCCAAGGACAGCCGGCAGCCCGUGCUGGUGGACCCCGCGCCCUCCAGUGAGUACGGCCCCGCUCCCCAGGCCCUGCACAAGUCCACUAGCAUGCCCUGCCGCGUACAGGAGCCCGAGCUGCCCAGCCCGCAGGCCUUUCUAGGUCCCUCCUUCACCGUAGACUCCAUCUUUCUGGACUCCAUCUUUAGCGAGCCAGCGGUGACGGGUGGUGCUAGAAACCAGGCCAUCCUGUCCCUCAACACGUCUCUCGUUAGUAGCAUUAGCGGCCCUCCCCAUAGAGCCCCUGCGAGCCAGCGCUCAGACGAGCGGCCCGCUGACUCUGAGCCCGAGGCCGGGGCCCUCUCGGAGGACGGCCAGUCGCUGUGGUACGAGUACGGCUGCGUGUGACUGCAUGAGCGCUUCAGGGACUCUGCUGACCCCUGACCCCUGUCUGCAUGAGUUUGCUCAUCUGUGUCUGUCUCGUGUCUUUAUGAUUAUCCUGUUGAACUGAACCUCCAUCACUGUUGUAUUAGCUCCACCUGCUGUCUGCUGUGUUUGUAACCGCUAGAGGCUGAUCUAUAUUUAUGACCGUGAGGCUUGUAGAACGAGUCCCAUGAUGCUGACAGUGUUAUUUGUCUGGUGGUGUUUGUGUGCAUGCGCUCAGGAUUUCACGAGUGAUGUGUGCCGCGCGCGUCACGCUCGAGGGGCUCUGUACAGCUCGAACGCUCGUGUAUCUCCAGCUCAUCUUGCUCUUCUGUAAUGUCCUGCUCUGGUUCUGCAGAUGUGGAAGUGUUACAGGACAGCAGGAAGUCUAAAAGCAGAAGAGGAGCUCAGAGUUGAAUUCUCACGGUGAGUGUCAGGAUUGUCCUCAGCCAGCGCUGAGCCUCCAGCCCAAAGAAGCAGAAACGCAUUCAUCACUAAUCACAGUCACGAUAAUCAGCAUCUUCCAUUCAGUAACAUCAGUCAGGAAUACUCUCACACUGAAUCUCUGAGUUCAUGAAAGCAGAAACAACAUAAAGACGGUGUUUUAGGUAUUUGUUGAAUGGCAUCUUUUCACAAAGUACUAUGACUGAAGGCCGGCAGUGUCACAGUGUCAUGUUAUUUUUUCCCAGCCAUUUAAAUUAAAAAGCUGUUUUUAAAGAAAUUAACCCUUUUUUUAAU